AUGUCUGCUUCAGUGAAAGAAAGCCUUCAGCUUCAGCUGCUGGAGAUGGAAAUGCUGUUUUCUAUGUUUCCUAACCAAGGAGAAGUAAAACUUGAAGAUGUAAAUGCCCUGACUAAUAUAAAGAGGUAUUUGGAAGGCACGAGGGAGGCGCUGCCACCAAAAAUCGAAUUUGUGAUAACGCUUCAGAUUGAGGAGCCCAAGGCGAAAAUUGAUUUGCAAGUAACCAUGCCUCACAGCUACCCCUACGUAGCAUUGCAGCUAUUUGGACGAUCAUCUGAGCUUGACAGACAACAGCAGCUACUUCUCAACAAAGGUCUCACUUCUUAUCUAGGGACUUUUGAUCCAGGUGAGCUCUGUGUAUGUGCAGCAAUCCAGUGGCUACAGGACAACAGUGCAUCCUAUUUCCUAAACAGAAAGCUCAUGUAUGAACCAUCUACACAAGCAAAGCCAGUUAAGAACACAUUCCUCCGAAUGUGGAUCUACAGUCACCAUAUAUAUCAGCAGGACCUAAGGAAAAAGAUUUUGGAUGUUGGGAAAAGGUUAGAUGUGACUGGAUUUUGCAUGACGGGAAAGCCUGGUAUAAUCUGUGUGGAGGGUUUCAAAGAGCACUGUGAGGAGUUCUGGCACACAAUUAGGUACCCCAAUUGGAAGCACAUUUCCUGUAAACAUGCUGAAAGCACGGAGACAGAAGGAAAUGGUGAGGACCUGCGCCUUUUCCAUUCUUUUGAAGAAUUACUCCUUGAAGCUCAUGGUGACUAUGGGUUAAGGAAUGACUAUCACAUGAAUCUGGGCCAGUUCUUAGAAUUUCUCAAGAAGCACAAAAGUGAGCAUGUUUUUCAGAUAUUAUUUGGUAUUGAAAGUAAAAGUUCAGAGUCAUAGGAAGCUAUUAAGAGGACUAUGCUUGUAAUUUCAUUCAGUCAGUAUU